CCGCAUAAGGCCCCGCCUAUCGGGAAAUAUGCGGAGAAGACACAGUACACCUGCUGUUAACACAGGUCGUCAUUCAGCGACUGAAGCACAUCUGAGGCAGAAAAUGAUGCGAUUUAUUUUCAUUUGUAUCUGGCAUGCUGGGUAUUCUCAACUAGUUCUUAAUUCGCCGAUUCUUGGAUCUAAAAACAACCCCAGACUUCUGAGCAAAGAUAUUAUUUGUGGUGAAUUAGAGUACCAAGUCUACCAGAAUCACAGUGUGUUCUUCUAUCACGAGGACUCUGGGGAGAUGUAUAUUGGGGGGACUGGUUUUGUGUUGAAACUUGAUGUGGAUGACUCUCGUAUAAUAGAGAAAUUUCCUCUGAAAACCCCUGAGCAACAAGAGUGCCGAGAGGGCCAAUGUGAAAAUGUCAUCACAGUGAUAGAGAAGUUUCAGGACAGCCUGUUUGUCUGUGGAACAAAUGGACACACACCGCAGUGUUGGAAGCUUUUUUCUUCAGUGAACAACCAGUCUCAUGAAAUAGUGGAGAGUUAUGAGGGGACGGGCAUCUCUCCAUUUGUUUACACACAUAACUCCAUAUCCCUCUCAGUAGAGGGGGAUCUUUAUUCAGCAGCGCCUUUGGAUACUGAUGGAAGUUCAUUGCAAUUCAGAAGGAAAGCUGGAAGCAGAACUAAUGUCUGGAUGUAUGACAAGUGGCUCUCAGAGCCCACGUUCAUCUCUGCAACCUGGGUGCAGCGGAGAGAAGACCCUGACAAUGAGAAAAUCUACAUCUUUUUCCGGGAAAAGAACUCAGAUCCCAACCGGGAGGCUGACCCCUGGAUAUCGAGGGUUGCCAGAGUUUGUAAAGUAGAUGAAGGUGGAUCAAAAAGAUUCUUCCAGAACAUGUGGACAUCUUUCCUCAAGGCCCGGCUUGUCUGUGGGUUUCCAGAGAAGUCGCUGUAUUUCAACCAUCUCCAAGACAUUUUUGUGAUGCACGCUGAGGACCGGCAUGACACAAGAGUCUAUGCCCUUUUCACAAGUAGCUGGAACUCCACAGCAGUGUGCAACUAUUCAAUAGGAAUGAUUGAAGAAAUAUUUGAGAACUCAACUUUCAAGGGCUACAACGAAAACAUUCCCAAACCAAGGCCAGGAACGUGUGCAAAAAACAGCAGGACUCUGCCACUGGCCACAGUCAAUAUAGUGAAAGAUUACCCAGAAAUGACUGGCUGGGUUCACUCAGCUCCAUUGUAUACAAGCAACAACAACUACACCAAGAUAGCUGUGGACCAAGUGCAGGCAGCAGACCAACGCAUGUAUAACAUUCUGCUUCUGGCUACUGAUUCUGGGAAGAUCCAUAAAGUCUUAGAGUCCGGGCCAGAACCUUUCAUUAUCUCUGAAACACAACUCUCCAGCCGCUCAACUAUACAAUCAAUGAAGCUAGACUCCAAAAAGAAAAAGUUAGUGGUGGGUUUUUCGGAAAAGAUUUCUAUCAUAGACCUUCAGAGGUGUCAGGAGUACAACAAGUCCUGUGAAGAUUGUGUUCUGGCCCGGGAUCCGUACUGUGCCUGGAUGGAGUUUGGAUGCACCCAGACUGUCCCUGGGGGCAUUCAAAAUAUCAUUGAUGGGAACAAAAGUGUGUGUCCUCCAUCAGUAGAAGAACAAGUAACCCGGAACAAACGGGAGACAACUUCACAAGCACCAGUGGAUUUGAGGACAACCCACUCGGUCCCCCUGAGUGUCCCUUUCUAUCUGUCCUGUCCUAUAGACUCUUACCACGCUGUCUACACCUGGGAGCACGGAGACCAGAACAGCCCUUGUCUGCAAAUGCAGUCUAACUGCCUGCACCUCAUCCCCACCAUGGCACAAGAGAACUAUGGCGGCUACAAGUGUGUUUCCAAAGAGAAAGACUACACCAAAGUGGUGAAAAUGUAUCAGCUUACAGAGCAAAUGAUCCCAGAUAUAAAUAGAAACACUGACAAAAGCAAUAGCCCUUUCAGAGUAAAUUAUGCAUCAGCUGACGCGCCGCAGAUAGCAUGGAUCACCCUCGGACUGGCUGUGACAGUGUUGGGUAAUUUCAGAUAAGGUGUGCACAAAUGAGAAUUUAAACUUAACACUUCUUUCUCUUUAAAAAGCUUUUGUGUUGGGCCAAACCUCAUGUUUUUUGAAAAUGUAGCAUCAACAUCCUCAGGAAUUGUGUUCUUGGCCAGGAUGUAGGCAGCAAAGGAAAUCCACCUCCACACCAUGAAGCUUACAAUUCAAGCAGGAACUCUCCCCCGUGAACCUAAAACCUUAUUUAUGCAAGUGGUUGCUGUGUUUGGCAGAAAAGUUAGGUUUUGAGGUCUACAGGAACAUGUAGCUAAGUUUCUUUUGAAAAAGAGAAGUAAGGACAGGAAGAGGUGGUGUUGUGAUGGAGGAAGAGAGCAGCACAACCAGUCAGCAGCAGAGCACAGCUUGAAGGAUCUGAGGUGCCCUAAUGUUGUUUCUUUUGGAUCAGCUUAUGAUCAGUCAAUGACCUCAGCAUCAUUCAUGAAUUACUGCAAUGUUUCAAAAAGUAAGUGCUACUGUUUCUUUUAAGAAAGGAAACAAUGGAAGGUGGAGGAAGGGAAUUCCUUCUUAACAUAAGCUGAGUCCAAACCAAAGCACGCCUUUUAAAAUGAUCAUGGGCACCAAAGUUUCCGUGAGACACACAGUACAGUACACGGGAAGUAGGCAUGGUGUGGUGUAAUAGUAGUGUGUGCACAUGUUGGGACCAGCUCUUUGGUCUAUUAGUGCACUGCUGGCAGAUUAUUGUACGAGUGUUUAGGGAAGACUUCCCUGUUUUGUUCACCUCAGAGAGUUGUCAGAGAGUUGUUUGGAGAAUGUGCAAGGAAAAAUGUUAGUUGCAGUGCGACGGAUGUAUUAGUUCCACAUUCCACUUGAAGUAGAACCGAUUUGAGAUGGUUUAUGGUGAUGGUUUUGCAUAUACACAUGUAAAAGCUACUUUUCUAGUCAGUUAUUUAUAUUAAAGCGAAACUAUGUAACUUUGGCCAAACUGUAACCACUGUUGCCGCAAGUGAUAAUUACAGGAAAGUAGAUCCGGCUAAAGUUAGCUAACAUUAGUAACCAAAAGCUCAUACUGUAUCAGAUCAAGUAAUGCUGUGGCAGCAAAUUCUGAAUGUAUUGAAUUAAGCAGUGCUAUGUUUUAUUGUUAUCAUCUUUAUUUAAAGUAGAAACUAUUCCUCAAAAAUGUUUAUAAACUACUAAACGAAAUAUAUUUAUUAUGUUAAUAGUAUUUUGGUAUGAUCUUUUGUGUUUUAUAUUGGAGAGUUUUAUACAUCCAAGCAAUAUGUGUCCUUACAAUUUCAAAAAAGAUAUACUUUUGCAUGAUAGUUUGAAAAGGCUACAUGAAGAAUGUAAAUUUAUGUAAUUGAUUUCCAGAUGUAUUAAAAGAAUGGAGUUGAAAAUCUG